AGCCGUUGGUUCACGUGACUUGGUUUCCAUCAUGGCUGACGGCUGCAGGAGGCCUGGGCUGGAGCUGGAAAGGAGAAUUUUUGAGCUGGACAGCAAGUGCUCCAGUCUUAGACUGGAAAAACAAGAUGAUGACUAUUUACAGAAUGCAUCUGCCAUACUAGACAAGUUGAAAAACUAUUACAGACAAGGGGGAGAAAGUAACAGUCUCCCAAAACUGCUUCAGGAUUACACACAGGUCAUAUUAGAUAUCACUUUCUAUGAAGAAAAUAAACUUGUGGAUCAAGAAUUUCCUGAAGACUGUUCACCUUAUAAAAUUCAGCAGCUUUUGCAAGACCUCACUGAACCUGAAGUGUUUGCAGCAAGAUUUGCACCUGGACAAGAUGUUCAGUCAGUCCUUGGUUUAGAGUUGCUAGAAUGCCUUUACUGGAGAAGGGGAGCACUUCUGUAUAUGUACUGUCACACCCUACACCAACGGAAGCAAUGGAUAAAAAAAAACAAAACAACAUUUCUAAAGUGUCUUCAAGAAGGUGUCCGUUACCUAAUGCGGAUGUUACAAGUGAGAAACUGCGUGAAACUAAAUGAUGGAGUUGUGUUUCAUGAUUCAUCAACAGCAAACUUACUAAGUGAAGGUGUUUUUUCAGAUACCCACCUGUUGACCAUGAUGUACAUCGGAGAGAUGUGCUUUUGGGCAGUGAAAUAUGAAGACUGCAGUGGGGAAACAUCUGACCGAAAGGAGGAGACAUUACAGUUCAGGGACAUUGGAAUGCAAAUAUUGCAUAAAUAUUUGUCAGUGUGUGAGGGGCCACUCCAGGGUCAGGGCUGGAAUACUGAAAAUGCAAAGGAAAUUUUGAAUAUCCUGCAGUAAAAAAAAAAUAGAACCCACGAAGCACUUAUUUUUCAGACUGUUGACUAAGAGUGCAUGACAGAAAUAAGCAAGCUAUAAAUGCAACUCUUUGUAUUUAAACUUUUUUUUAAUGAAAUCACAUUUAUUACCAUUUUCCAGUAUGUACAGUAUUGUUCUAUGCACAGUAUGUGCUGUGUUAAAGGUAGUUUGUUUCAAUUAUUGAGUAUUAAGUUUUUUUGACAAGGGUAUAUUGCCUAGUGAUGGGUACUAGUUUAUAUUUUCAUAGUGUAAAUUUAAAUGGAGAAGUGUUAGUAUCCUUUAAAAUGUAUUUGGGUUUGGUUGUUUUUUUUUAUGUCUAAAAUAUAAAUGUAUCCAUUUUAGGAAUCUUUAUUUUUUGAUGACUUACAUUUCCUGGCGUUUACUGUAAAUAUGUACUCACUUGCUUCAGCAAGGAUAACAUUAUGGCAAACUGCCAUGACUACAUUUGAUUUCUCUAAGAACAAUAAAAUUGAUGUUGUGAUUUUUUCUUCCGAUACAUUUUCUAAAAUGUAAUCUGAAGAAAGAUCUUGUGGAUUUUAAUCCGCCAUCAAUAAAAUGUUUGACAAAAGA